UAAUCGUCGUUUGUGUGAGUGAGAAGGUUGAGAGAUCGAUUUAUUGACAAUCGGAACGUAAAAAAGAAAUUACACCUAAGGAGUUAUCUUCCCACUUUUCACUUUCAGUCUGAAUGAAAGGCCGAGGGAGAUGUGUUUGCCCUUGAUGACGGAGUACGGACAGUCCGCUUGUCAAAGCCAAACCUUAUGCUAUUUCCGAGAAAGGUGCUAAUUUCGGAGUUUUCUCGAUUUUUUCAACUUCUCGUUUUAGCCCCUCUUCCGGCCUAGUGUCUCGUAAACUCCAAAAGUUCUGAUGAUACACGGAAAAAUAACACAAAAACAGUCCGUCACAUGAAUUGUGUUAUGAUUGAAACGAUCUCUCUGCCUUUUUUAUGUCAAUUUCUUAACAAUACAAUUUACACUUUUAUGCCGACAAUAUGACCGACGAUGAAAGCUCCGUCAGGGUCGCACUCAGAAUCCGACCUCAAUUACCGAGGGAGGUGAUUGAUAUGUGUAGAGUUUGUACGAAUGUGACUCCAAAUGAACCGCAAGUAACACUUGGAACUGACAGAUCGUUUACAUUCGAUUAUGUCUUUGACACACAAACAAACCAGGCUUCUAUAUAUGAUGUCUGCGCAAAAUCGCUCAUUGAAGGAUCGUUGCAAGGUUACAAUGCAACAAUUCUUGCAUAUGGCCAGACCGGCAGUGGAAAAACUUAUACAAUGGGAACUGGAUUUGACAUAGAUGUGACAUCAGAACAGAUUGGAAUUAUACCGAGGGCAAUAAAACAGUUGUUCGAUGGUAUUUCAGCAGCAACAGAAGCAGAAAAACAGACUCAGUUCAAAGUAACAUGCCAAUUCUUAGAGUUGUACAAUGAAGAAAUUAUUGAUCUGUUUGAUACUUCAAGAGAUUAUUCUUCAAAUCGUGGGAAGUCAGGGAUUCGAAUACAUGAAGAUACUAAUCAUUGUAUUUAUUUAACCGGUGUGACUAGUCAAAGGGUUACAAGUGCUGAAGAUACGCUUCAGUGGCUUAGACAGGGAGCACUUUCAAGAACGACAGCCGCUACACAAAUGAAUACGCAGUCUUCGAGAAGCCAUGCUAUCUUUUCCCUUCACAUAAAACAACAACGACUUGUAAACAUGGAAAGCGAAAAUGGAUUUGAGGAAGGAACGGAGGAGUUUGAAACACUUACAGCCAAAUUUCAUUUUGUCGAUUUAGCCGGAUCGGAAAGAUUAAAGCGGACAGGUGCCACAGGCGAUAGAGCUAAGGAAGGGAUUUCAAUCAACUGUGGGCUUUUAGCAUUAGGAAAUGUAAUAUCUGCGUUGGGAGAUCCUUCAAAACGAGCUUUACACGUUCCCUACAGAGAUUCCAAAUUAACCAGGCUACUGCAGGAUUCUCUCGGAGGAAAUUCAAGAACUCUGAUGAUUGCGUGUAUAUCCCCUAGCGACAGAGAUUUCAUGGAAACCCUGAAUACAUUAAUUUAUGCAAACAGAGCCAGAAACAUACAGAAUAAGGUUGUAAUUAAUCAAGAUAAGUCAUCAAGAACUAUUUCACUUCUGAAAAAACAGAUCCAAGAGUUAGAGCUGGAACUUAUGGAGUAUAAACAGGGCAAACGUAUGAUAACAGAAGAUGGGGUUGAAUCCGUCAACGAUAUGUUUCAUGAAAAUACAAUGUUGCAAAAUGAGGUGGAUCAUUUAAGAACCAGGGUUAAAGCAAUGCAAGAUACAAUUGAUUCAUUGAAAGCUAAAAAUGUGAAUCUUAUGGCUAACCAACAAGUCUCGGCUUCUAAUGCUGAUGGAGAUAAUAAGAAUGAUGAUAUGAGUCAAAUGAUCAAGGGCUACCUCAGUGAAAUCGAAUCGUUACAAGCAAAAUUAGUGGAAUCUGAAAGUACAUGUUCCCAGUUGAGAAAAGCAGCUUCAAGAAACAAGAAUCUUUUCUUGCACUCAAGAAUGAGCAUUUCACAAGCAGAUGAAGCCCUUGAAGAUAUUUUAGAACUUGCCAAGAAAGAUGUUAUAAAAGAUAUGGAAUAUCUGAAUGAGAAAAAGAAGGACCUUUCAGAUCAAUCAGAAUCUGAUUCAGAUUCAUCAUCAGAUUCGGAAAAUGAGGAAUUUAAUAAAAGCAGUGAAUAUUCAGCAAAAUAUGCAAGUUUGACAUCAGAAAUGUCUGUUAAACAGAGAUUGAUCGAAGAGCUCGAGAAAACACAGUCUAGGCUGAACAACAUGAAACAGCAUUAUGAAGAUAAAUUGAACCAACUUCAAGCUAAAAUAAUUGCAACUCAGCAAGAGCGUGAUGCUGUUCUCUCUACUUACGCGAAAGAAGAAAAGCCAUCUGAGAAAGUUAAAAAAGUUAAAGAGGAAUAUGAACGCAAGUUGUCCGACAUGCAACGGGAAGUUAAAUCGCUACAGUCUGCAAAACGGGAGCAUGCAAAACUCCUCAGGAACCAAAGCCAGUACGAAUCUCAAGUUCGUACUCUUAAAAAUGAAAUAGCAGAAAUGAAAAAGAUCAAAGUGAAGUUGAUGAAUAGCAUGAAAGAAGAAGCUCUUAAGCAUAAAGAUGCGGAGACAGGAAGAAUGAGGGAAAUCGCCCAACUCAAGAAACAGACGAGGCUUGAUGCCAAUCUUAUUAAAAAUCUUGAAGCGGAAAAACGCGCUAAAGCGAUAGUUCUGAAAAGAAAACAAGAAGAAGUUUCUGCAUUGAGAAGAGUUGCAAAUUCACAUUCAAGAAUGAGAUUCGGAUUGAAAAAUAAAGCAGGGUUACCAAAAGGUGCUUCACCUAAACAGGCAAAGAACCGAUGGAUUUCUAUAGAAAAAAGCAUCGCUGAAAGUUCGAUGAAUAGGCAAUCUCUUAUGGCUUUGGAAAAAGAAAUGGAAAAAAAAAUGGAGUCGAGGGUUGAAAUUCAAGAAGAGCUGAAUAACAAAGCCGCUCUCCUGUCCGAUCCGAGGUUCAAAAAUUCAUCAUAUAUUAAAGAGGAAGUUGAUUCACUCAGAGCGAAUCUCGAUCAUGUCCAAGCUUCAAUUGCUGAUUUACAAAAUGAAAUACUGCAAGUCGAAGAAAAUAAGAUUGUGUUUGAAAGUGGGGUUUUGGUUCAGUCACUGAGUGAUAUAUCUGAAGCUGCUUAUAUAUUAGACAAAUUAUACAAUAUGGCUUUACACCACAGUUGCCUUGCUGUUCAGAAGGAUGUCUCAUUAAGAGAACUUCAAGCUGAAAAUGAACAAUUGAAAAAAGAUAGCGAAAUGCAAGAGCAAUUGCUUCACCACCUGUUAAACAGCAAAGACAGAGUAAGAAGAUCAUCAGGACACACAAGUCCUGAUAGUAGCAAAUCGUCACGUUCUAUAUCUCCAUCUGAAAACGGUAGUUCAACCAACCUGUACAAACCAAAUCAUCCUAAAUAUAGAUCGCGGAAACAACUGGCCCCUCAGGACCUUCUGUUUCUACCUGACAACGAAAACACCGGUAGAAUUAACAACCAGUCGCACUCAGCUGCGACAAGCCCCGAGCACCGACCACAAGUCACAAUGGCUCCACCACCUCUAACAAGGUCACUUACUACUAUCAAGGUCCAGUCAGUACCUGCAUCCCCAGUAAUGAUGAGAAAAGGCCUCUCAAUGUCACCCAGGGUUAACAGAAAAACGUACAUUAUCUCUUCCAACCACCCAUCCAUGGAGAGAGGCCUAGACAGAUCUCCGCCAAACUCACCGCCCGCUUACAGAAGGCAAACAAGCCAUGAGGCAAACGUGUUUUCAAGGCUUACAUCACAACCGCCGAACACCACAAACAGACAUCCUGGAAAGAUAACAGCAAAUUUGAAUAAGAGAGGCCUGAAAACACCCCUUUUCAAUACUCACACAGUCGAAGGCCAUUCUAGAGCAGUUUUAGCUCUUAAUGCAACUGAUGACAAUCUUUUUACAGCAUCAAGAGAUCGGACUGUUUUAAUGUGGGACCUGAGAGAGAUGAAAGAAGUACAUAUGUUUGGCGGUCAUCCAAAUAAUGUUGUAGCAUGCAAGUAUGAUUCCAACUCACAUUGUUUGUUCACUGUUUCUUCAUGCUAUGUUAAAAUCUGGGAUGUUCGCACGCCGAAAUGCAUCAAAACAUUAACUUCUUCGGGUAUGGUAACAAGUUGGUCUGGUGGUCAGCUGGGAAAUAACGAAGCACCGAUAAAUGACAUAGCUUUAAAUGAACAAGGCCAUGCUUUGUAUACUGCAUCAGGCGAUAGAGUGCGAGUCUGGGAUAUACGAAAAUAUUCUGUGAUUGGUAAGCUAAUUGGUGGCCAUCAAGCUGCCAUCAUGUGCCUUGCUGUAUCACCAACGUCAACAGGUGAAGAUGUUGUCAUUACAGGAUCCAAAGAUCAUUAUAUAAAGGUGUUUGAUGUCGGGUAUGAAACGGGAGGCAUAUCAAAUCCGAGAGUAACCCUUGAACCACCACACUAUGACGGCAUACAGUGUUUGGUGAUGAAAGGUCAAACACUUUUUUCAGGGUCGAGAGAUUGCAUAAUUAAAAAAUGGGAGUUGGAAAACCAUGAGCUGGUCACUUCAAUAAAUAGUGCUCACAAAGACUGGGUCACUGGUUUAUGCUUUGCUCCUGGUGGAUCAGUAUUACUAUCAGGCUCGAGGGAUGGUACCGUCAAACUUUGGUCGGCUGAUAAUUGUUCCCAAUUGGCAGAAAUCAAAGCCCAUUCCUCACCGAUCAAUGCUGUUGCAGCAAAUUCUACACAUAUCUUUACUGCUGCUAGUAAAGGCGAAGUGAAGAUGUGGAAAGAAUGUCCCAUAGCUGAUCAGCAACAACAGCAGCAGCAGCCACCAGACAUCAUGACAAUGUCAACGGGGCAUAUAUUUCAAUUGUCUGUUUAAUUGUAUGCCUUUUAUGCCUACAUUUUGCUGACUUGUCAUUUUUAUUUCAUUAUUGCUUUGGCGUGACAAUAGUACUCGGCUGUGGCAGUUGAAUCCUAGGAUGGUGAAGGCUGUAUGACAUGCUCCAUGUCAUAUUUUUAAUAUCAUGUGUCUUUUAUUUAGAUUAUUAAUCACAUUGUACCUGCAGUUAGUAUCCAAAAAAAGGAAACAAUGAUUUUGGGCUAGUGGUUCUCUCACAGGGUGCCUAUGGUCAAUGUCUUCCUUUUUUAUAAUUAAAAAAGCAAGUAAUAAAAAAAAUACGAGUAACGGAAAACUCAAAUAUUAUACAAAGAGAAAAAUAUGUGAUAUUUAGCAUUCCUUUAAUAAAUUUAGGUAACUUUUAAAGACUUGAUUCCAAAUAAUUCCUGAAGAGAAAAAAUAAGAAGUGAAGAUGAGGAGGGAUAUCAGAUUUAUUUGAUUUAAUUGAUGUUUUAUUUAUAUUUAUUCAUUAACGUAUUUAUAUCACAAAAUGAAAGAAAGGGAGUAUGAGAUUCACUCACAAAACCUAGUAUUAAACGUUAACAUUAAAGACUUGUUUUAAAUUA